UACUCUCUAAAUCAUUUUCCCUCUUUAAUCUUCUUCUUCUCGAGAGAGAGAGUGAGAUAGAGAGAGCCAUAUCCCCCACCGACUCUCCAUGGAGAACAACGACGGAGCAAUGACUAACGGCGUCAUAAUCAACAAAGGACCUCUUAACGCCGUCAAGAAACCGCCGACCAAGGACCGACACAGCAAAGUCGACGGGAGAGGGAGGAGAAUCCGCAUGCCGAUCAUAUGCGCCGCUCGAGUCUUCCAGCUGACCAGAGAGCUCGGCCACAAAUCCGACGGCCAAACCAUCGAGUGGCUCCUCCGCCAAGCAGAGCCUUCCAUCAUAGCCGCCACGGGAACAGGCACGACUCCCGCGAGUUUCUCCACCGCCUCUCUCUCCGUUUCUUCCUCCCCCUUCGCUCUCGGAAAACGCGUCGUGAGAGCGGAGGAGGAGGGAGAAUCAGGCGGCCCCGGAGGAGGAGGGGAAUUAACGGUUGGACACACAAUGAGUGGUGGUGGUGGUGGGUUCUGGGCGGUUCCGGCGAGGCAGGAUUUCGGACAAGUGUGGAGCUUUGCCGCCGGAGCUACGCCGGAGAUGUUGUUUACGCAGCAGCAGCAAGCAGCUACACUCUUUGUCCGCCAGCAGCAGCAAGCUGUAGCUGCGAUGGGUGAGGCUUCAGCAGCUAGAGUUGGGAACUAUCUGCCAGGUCAUCAUCUCAAUCUGCUGGCUUCUUUGUCGGGUGGGAGUCCCGGGUCAGGUCGGAGGGAAGAGGAUGACUCACGUUGAAAGAAAGGUUUUAUUAAUCUUUUUGUGUUAUUUGAUUAGGGAUGAUUGGGUAUUGUAUAGAAAACAUGUUUAAUGUCAUCAAAAGUGGUCAGAGACUACUUUAGUUUGAGUUUUUUUUUUUUUGUGUUCAAGUUUUAGUUUUAAGUUAUUGCUUGUUUGAUUAGUGUUUAAGAUUAUUUGUUUUGAGAGGUGACAGUGAAAUCGAUUUGAUUAAUUGUUGUUACUCAAAAACGCCAUAAAGAACAGCAAAAUAAAAGCUAUUUGUACGUUUUGUGCGUGAAUU